UAUUAACUGCAAAUGAAGUAAUGGCGGAACCAUCUUGCUCUCGGUUCUGCUGGGUUCAGAUGCCUGCGACUACUGUUGUGAUUCCGUGCCAAGAACCCCAAUAUCUGCGCGUUGGUUUUUUAGAAAUCGAAAAUAUGGCCCCAGUUUCUUUCGUGUAGAACAGUAGAUUGGAGUUUGUUACGAUUUUCGUUUGUUUCUCGAAAGGAAGGAGUUUCGGAUCUGUCCGUGGGGGCAGAAGAUACCAGAACUGGAGAAGAACCCGCACAUCACAACCUCUUCAUCUUUGCCCCAGACAAGUCUCGCAAACAUGCCCCCUCUUCCAUGGGCAGACCUAAGUCCAUCCUAGCAGAUUCCAAAUCACAUGCAGAUUUUUCUUUUUCUUCUCUAAUACCCCGAUUUAGUAGAAUUUUUGUUCACGAGGAGUUGGAAUUUUGGUCACGCGGACCAUCUAAUUAAUUGCUGCACAAUGCCCUGGUGCAGGGGAGGAGGAGGAGCCGACGACGGUGAUGAGGGAUGCGCUGCUCUCGCAGCUCCACAUGGACCGCCUUCGCCAGGAGAUCAUCGUGGCCGAGCUGGCCAAGAUGGAGCGCGCCAAUGCCCUGCGCGCCGUGGCCGGUGGCCACCAGGCCACCUCGAUGCCAUUGGACGGCGUGGCCGCAGCAGAAGCUGUACGGUCUAAGCCGUGUCCGUUCAGUGCGGAGCAGCUCAUGGCCCUGCGCGCCGCCACGCCGAUGCCAUUGCUCGGCCUGGCCGCCACAGAUGCUGGACGAUAUGGGCCUUUGCCGUUCAAUAGCGAGCAGCCCAUGGCCCUACGCGCUAUUGCCGGUGGGCAACAGACUACACCGAUGCCAUUGCACAGUGUGGCCGCCGCGGAUGCUAGACGGUCUACGCCGUGGCCGUUCAGUGACGAGCAGCCCAUGGCCCUGCGCGCCGCCGCCGGUGGCCAACAGACCACGCCGAUGCCAUUGCGCGGCGUGGCUGCCACAGAUGAUGGACGGUCUAAGCCGUGGCCGUUAAGCAUCGAGCAGCUCAUGGCCCUGCGUGCUGCGGCCGGUAGCAGCCAGGCCACGCCGAUGCCAUGGCACGGCGUGGCCGCCACAGACGCUGGACUGUCUAAGCCAUGGCCGUUCAGCUCCGAGCAGCCCGUGUCCCUGCUUGCUGCCGCCGGUGGCCACCAGACCACCCCGAUGUCAUUGCACGGCGUGGGCGCCGCAGAUGCUGGACCGUCUAAGCCGUCGCCGUUCAGUGUCCAGCAGCUCAUGGCCCUGCACGCUGCGGCCGAUAGCGACCAGGCCACUCCAAUGCCGAUGUACGGCACGGCUGCCGCAGAUGAUGGACGGUCUAAACCAUGGCCGUUCAGUGCAGAGCAGCCCAUGGCCCUGCUUACUGCGGCCGGUGGCCACCAGACCACCCCGAUGUCAUUGCACGGCAUGGCCACCGCAGAUGCUGGACUGUCUAAGCCGUCGCCGUUCAGUGUCCAGCAGCUCAUGCCCCUGUGCGCUGCGGCUGGUAGCCACCAGGCCACGCAGAUGCCAUUGCACGGCGUGGAUGCCGCAGAUGCUGGAUGGUCUAAGCCGUUGCCGUUCAGUGCCGAGCAGCCCAUGGCCCUGCGCUCUGCAGCUGGUGACCACCAGGCCAUGCCGAUGCCAUUGCACGGAGCGGCUGCGGCUGCGGCUGCAACUGAUGCUGGACGGUCUAAGCCGUGUCCGUUAAGCGCCGAGAAGCUCAUGUCUCUACAGAAUGCAGAGUUUGAUGAGCAUAAACUGCCUGACUCCAAUAAGGCUGUUCCGCCGAGUAAGACGUCGCUUCCGGGGAAGUCGGAACUAACAGGAAUAACCAUUCCAGUUAAGAAGCUCAAACCACCCAAGAAAUGGAACUGCACCGUCUGCCAGGUGCAAGCGACCUGUGAGAAGAACUUACAGAUGCAUUAUGCUGAGCAGAAGCACUUGGCAAAUGUAGCAACACUGGGCCCAGGAACCAAGCCAAGUGAUCAGAAGGCGAAAGCAGCAGCAACAGCAGCGGCGGCACAACCUUCUCUUGGCACAGAGCAGAGGAAAACAUCCUCGAUAAACUGGAGUUGCAGUACCUGCCAGGCCCACGGUACAUCCAAAUCGACAUUCGAUGCGCACCUCCAAGGCAAAAGACACCAGCAGAACAUCGCAGAAGCAUCCGUAGAAGGCGAUGGCGAUGGCAAUGGCAAUGGCGCACCGAAGAACGCUGCGGCGGCGGUGGAAGCAAAAUCGGAUGGCAUCACCGUGCCGAAGCGUUCAGAGAAGCCAUCACCGGUCUGGAGCUGCAGCAUUUGCCAAACUACAUGCACCUGCGAAACAGACUUGAAGAACCACCUGAAGGGCGCAAGACACCGAGAAAAGGUCCAGUCCCUGCUUGAAGAGAGCAAGAACAUGGCAAGGAAUCCUGAGAGAAACUUGAAGAAAAACAAUGCACCACAAAUGGCCAAGAAUCAAGGACCACACCCGGCAUGGAACUGCGGAAUGUGCCAGGCCAAAUGUUUCUCCAAAUCUCAGUUUGAGAAUCAUUGCAGUGGCAGCAGGCACCAGCAGAAGAUCGAGGCGAUACUCGGCAAACGCGAGACCGCGAAAGCGAGCAGCUCGAGCACUGCAAAUGAACUAGCUUCGGACUGCAAGAACGCAAGCUCAGAGAAGGCAGAGAAGAAAGCUACGCUGUACUUCUGCGAGGUCUGCAAUUUGCUGUGUGGCAGCAGUGAGAUGCUGGUAAGCCAUCGUUAUGGGAAGAGGCACCGGGAAAAGCUCAGGGCAAGGAAAUGACGUGCGUUUUGUGCGUCUGCAAAGGAAUUGUGGCUUUUGUAGGAAAGGCUGCGAAACACGACUCUUGCUGUGCACUUGAACUAUGUGAUGGCUUUGUAGGAACUGGGUUCAAUCGCAGCUGUUUUCAGUUGCAAAUGAUCAUUCGUUUCGGGGCCCAACUUUCAACAAACUGGGCUGGUUUUUGCUCGACUGCAUGGGUUAGCUUUCUAUGGUUGUCACACGCAUGUCACGAACACAUGGCAACUCAGAAUGUUUUUUAGACAAGUUUAGUGACGCAAAGAUGGUAACUUUAGUUGCCAAGCAUAUCAACUUUCUUUUUGGAUGGCAAGUUUCAAUU